CAAUAGUUUAUCAUAAAAUUGGAAUAAAAAUUAAAAUUUAUAAAUAAGAUUUUUUUAAUUGCUAAAUGGAAGUAAAAAAUUUUGUUCGUUACAUUAAAUUAUGAAUGUGAGAAAAAUGUUCGAUGUUAUUGUCAGGUAUUCAUAUCUCACCACUGUUACUUCUUUAUAUAUCAAUCACAGAGAAGUCAUAAUGAUACACUAUAGUACAAUAUUGCCUAAAUCGCUCCUAUACAUGCGUAUAUGCAUUGAAAGAUACCUAGUAAUCUUCAAUCUGUGAGAUACGUUAAACGAUAUUUACUAACUUUAAGUAAAGGCAAUGUAUCAGUCUUAAUACAGAUUUAUCUGUCGAACGUGAAAAUGAUUACACUGAAAUAUAUCUUAUUUCUAAUAUUAAUAAGCAAUAUUACACUGUUUUCUCUUCCCAGCAGUGCAUUAACAAAAUUCAAUAUUGAAACUGCAUCGGAAAUUCAAACAAAUGAAGUCAGAAAAUUAUCAUCGAGGCUCUUGGGUAAAUUCUCAAAACGUGUGUCUAUAGCUGUUGAUUUUAGCCUAAUAAGUGAGGGUAAGGACACAUUUAAGAUUGUUAAAAACUCUGAACAAAUUUUAACGAUUCUUGGAAGUUCUGGAGUUGCAGCAGCUUGGGGACUGCAUUAUUAUUUAAAAAAUUUCUGUAAUGUUCAUAUUUCUUGGGAAGGAUCGCAACUUGAAUUGCCAAAUACUUUUCCGGAUGUAAACUUGACUAUAACAGCGAAUGACAAGUUCAGAUAUUACCAAAACGUUUGUUUAGGAGGUUACAGUACGGUUUGGUGGCAAUGGGAACAGUGGGAAAGACAUAUUGAUUGGAUGGCUUUAAAUGGUAUUAAUUUAUCACUUGCAUUUGCUGGUCAAGAGGCCAUUUGGCAAAGAGUUUAUAUGGAAAUGAAUUUAACUCUUGAGGAGAUAAAUGAACACUUUGGAGGGCCAGCAUUUUUACCAUGGUCAAGAAUGGGAAAUAUCAGAGGAUGGGGAGGACCAUUAACUUCAUCGUGGCAUACUUUCACAAUUAAAUUGCAACAUAAAAUUUUGAACAGAAUGAGAAAUCUUGGUAUGAGGUCAGUUUUGCCUGCAUUUUCUGGACAAGUACCAAGAGCACUCGCUAAACAUUUUCCAAACGCAACUAUGACAAAAAUGAGUGAAUGGAAUACAUUUCAAGAUCGAUAUUGUUGCCCUCUUAUGCUUGAGCCUGCAGAUCCAUUGUUUCAAAUACUUGGGACAGACUUUUUAAGAAAGUAUAUAGAAGAAUUUGGUUCAGAUCAUAUUUACAAUUGCGAUGCAUUCAAUGAGAAUAAACCAAGUAGUGGUAAUUUGACUUAUCUGAGUAACAUUGGCAAGGCAAUAUUUAAAGCUCUGACUACUGUUGACAGUGAAGCAAUUUGGUUAUUACAAGGAUGGAUGUUUGUGAAUGAUUUUCAAUUCUGGACGGAAUCCAGGGUUAGAGCUUUUGUAACGUCUGUACCGACGGGAAAAAUGAUAAUACUUGAUUUACAAUCUGAACAGUUCCCUCAGUACAAAAGACUUAAAUCUUACUUUGGACAGCCAUUUAUUUGGUGUAUGCUUCACAAUUUUGGAGGUACUCUUGGAAUGUUUGGUUCCUCGGAAAUAAUAAAUGAGCGAGUUUUUGAAAGCAGAAAGUUUAACGGAAGUACUAUGAUAGGAGUGGGUUUGACACCCGAAGGGAUAAACCAAAAUUACGUCAUAUAUGAACUUAUGAUGGAAAUGGGAUAUCACAAAAAACCAGUAAAUUUAGAAGCAUGGUUUGAGAAUUAUGCUUCGAGAAGAUAUGGUGCUUGGAAUGAAUAUACAACUGAUGCUUGGAAAAAACUUGGAAAAUCUGUUUAUAAUUUUAGUGGCUCUCAAAGAAUUCGAGGUCAUUAUGUUAUAACAAGAAAACCGAGUCUCAAAAUUAAAGUGUGGACUUGGUAUGAUUAUAAUGUAAUUUUGUCUGCUUGGGAUAUGCUUUUAAUGGGCAGGCAUAACAGAGGUAGUAGCAGUCUAUAUAAACAUGAUUUAGUUGAUGUAACAAGGCAGGUUCUGCAAGUAAAAGCUGAUACGAUUUACUUAAAAAUUUUGGAGGCUUAUACGAAAAGUAAUAAAUUAGAUUUGAAAUUUCAUUCCUCGAUGUUACUUGAAUUAUUUGAUGACUUGGAACGUAUAUUAGCAUCACAUGAAAAUUUCUUGCUUGGUGUUUGGCUAAAAGAUGCAAAAUCCCUUGGAACAAAUGAAAUGGAAAUUCUUAAUUACGAAUACAAUGCUAAAAAUCAAAUAACACUUUGGGGACCAAAUGGGGAAAUUAUUGAUUAUGCAAACAAACAAUGGUCUGGAAUUAUUGAAGACUACUUUAAACCUAGAUGGAAAUUGUUUCUUGAAACACUUUAUACUUCCUUAAAUGAAGGAAUCAAUUUUAAUCAAACUGAUUGUAAUUUGAGGAUGUUUAAUCAAGUGGAACAACCUUUUACACUGUCCAACAAGACCUACUCUUCAGAAUCAAUAGGAAAUAGUAUUGAACUUGCACUUGGAAUUCACUCUAAAUGGCGUUAUUUAUACAUAUAAACAAUAAAAUAGAAAACAUAAUUGCACAAGUAAAAGUUAAGGUUCUCAAAUUUACAUAUUUCAUUUGAUUGUAUGUAUCCUUAAUAUAUUUUAAUAUGUAAUAGUUUUUAUAAUUCAAAUAAAUCUAUUGUUCUAUAA